ACUGCAAAAUAUAUAUCUUUUACUACAGACAUUUGGACCAGUUUUGUAAACAAUGAAUCAUUCAUAAGUUUAACAGCGCAUUAUAUUUCCGCCGACACAUUUAAAAAAGAGAUAUAUACUUUGACAGUUAAACAUUUCCCAGUCAGUCAUACUGGUGGCAAUAUUGCUGAUAUAAUCAACAAUAUUAUGGAAGAGUGGAAUCUUAGUAUUGAUCAAAUCCAUGUGAUUGUAAGAGAUAACGCUGCCAACAUGAUUUGCGGAAUAGAUCUUACAGUUGCAGAAUCUGUCGGUUGUUUUAUACAUUCAUUGCAACUGGUUAUCCAUGAUGCAAUUUUUGUGCAACGAAAAAUUGUUGAUAUUAUAGCAAAAUGUCGCAAAAUUGUAUCUCACUUUAGUCAUUCAUCGCAGGCCUGCACAAAAUUGAAAAUAAUUCAAGAAAAAUUAAAACUUCCGACCCACAAGUUAAUACAGGAUGUUGUCACACGUUGGAAUUCGACAUAUUAUAUGCUGUCACGCCUUUAUGAGCAAAAACAGGCUGUCACUGCAUAUGCAACGGAACAUGAUAUUCCUACUCUUGAUGCACAGCAAUGGCAUUUAAUUGGAAAUGUAAUUAUUGUUUUAAAACCAAUAGAAGAAAUAACAAAGAUUGCCAGUGCCGAUGAUGAAAGCAUUGGAUAUGUAAUACCGUCAAUAGCUACUCUUCAAUCUUACUUGUCGAAACGCACUCAAUCUCAAGAAAAGGAUAUAAUGAUUCUAAAAGAAGAUUUAAAAAAAUCAAUUGAAAAAAGAUUUUUAAACUUUUCUGGAAAAAAUAUUCAAGAAAGCUCUUGUUUUACACACGCUACAUUUUUGGAUCCACGUUUCAAAACUCGCUUUUUAAAAGAUGAAGUCAAAGUAAAAAAAUUAAUCCUUGACGAGCUUCUUGCUAUCAAUAGGAAUAGAAGCAACGAUGAACAAAAUAUUUUCAAUUCCAAGGAUAAAACUACUGAUAAUGAUAAUGCACCGUCUUUUUCUGAAAUUCUUCAUGAUGCAGCUCAUGAAAGUAUUUGGCAAUGUUUCGACGAAAUCGCGAAUGGGUCGAAAUCAGAUGUUGACAGUGUUGACACAAGCACAGAAGAGGAAAAAAACUUUAAUAGACAACCCAGCGAUAGAACGAAGAAAAAAACGAUUGUAUUCACCGCAGAAAUAGAUAAAUAUCUUGCCAUGCCUUUAAUAACGCGAAAGGAAGACCCAGUAGUAUGGUGGAAAACUCACGCUUCAGAAUUGCCAAAUUUAAAAAUAUUAUUUCUCAAAUAUUGCAGUGCCCCUCCAAGCUCUGUAAACUCCGAAAGGUUAUUUAGCGCCGCAGCAGCCGUUUAUACAGAAGACAGAAAUAGAUUACUUCCAGAUAAUGCAGAAAUGCUCAUAUUUCUUAUGAAAAAUAUGAAAU